AUGUUAGUUCUUUUCUUCUUUUUCAAUUUUGCUAUUGCCGGCAUUUUCAUGGAAUACGAGACUCCGGAGCAACUUACCACGGAGGUGAUUCUGUCUCAAUGUGCUCAUAGAGCGCUUGAAGAUGUCAUUGAAGAGUGUGCCUCAGGUGGAGUGGAGGGUCUUAGUCCCAAUUUGAGAAAAAGACUGGCUGUUAUGCUCUCAAUUUGCGAGUUUCAGGAUGCUGGCGUGGAUUAUCCGGACUCGUGUAAACUGUUGCAACUGGACACUGAUUUUCAUCAAUGUGUCCAAGAUCUCAGGAAGACUUCCCAAUUCUGGACCACGUAUCUGGGGAAUUACCGAAAAAUUAAAAGCAUUUGUCACGAGGAAGCUAUGCCGUUCUUUAAGGAACAUGUUUUGAAUCUUUUCAAUAACAUCACGAGGGAUUAUGCAGCGUUUUAUGAAGCAUCUUAUGAGAGAACUCGAGAUGUCGAGGAGUAUCAAAAGGAAGUUUAUUCUUAUUUUGAGACCAUGUUUGAAGAAUUUAAGCUGAUGAUUGCAAAAGUCAGUCGAGAAAGACAGGAAUGGGAGAACGACGCAGCUGUGUUCAAAGAAGGAAUGCUCAACUUAUUUGAUGAAAUACAAGAACAUGCGGAAACAACGGCUAAUGGCACUUACGCGGAACUCAAUUCAAUGUCAGAGAAAGCCUCGUCUCUGCUUGAAGUAGCUCAAGCUCAACAUGACCAAGAAGCCGAGAUGUUUGCAGAAGUUUCCAUGCGGUGGGCUGAUUUACAAAAAGCGGUUUUCAAUGACAUGUAUGAGAUAGUUUCCACAGUUAGAAGUCUAAAGGAUCUGAUAAAUGAUGUGGAAUCUAGAGAACUGGGUCUUCAUGGUUUACUUGAUUCUAACUUGCAGUUGUCCACCGAACUAAACCAUCGCAUUAGGGGCACCGAAUUUGACAUGGAGCAGUACUUCGAGUUGCAGGGCGCAAGAAUGCUGCUAAUGAUUGACGAGGCAAUGAACACUUUGAAUUCUCACUUUGAAGAUUCCAUAUCUCAGAUCGAAGAUAGACAUCUUGCGCUAAAGCAGAAUAUCGAAGAAAUCGAUGGUCUCAUGGUUUCACUGAAACUGCAACUCGAAGGUCAUUUCUCAGACCUUCAUGGCCAGAUCCAAUCAAUGAUUGUGGAAUUCAAAUCGUCAAAUCCCAUUAUCCACCGCAAUAUGUUCACUUAUGCACAUCUUAUUGACAUAUCCUAUUGCAUAGACAAGUUCCAUAAGAUCGAUGAUCCGUUUGAUUGUGCACUAGACUGUUCCAAACGAUUUCCCAAUAUGACUUUGGUUCAUCAGUGGUACUUUGACGACGCUGUAUGCGGAUACAUAGCAACCACAUAUUCAGACAUCUUUAACUACGAAGAGCCAUCCAUUUCUCUGAAAAGAAAGAAGACCAUCGUGGUAUCCUUGAGGGGAACAAGAUCGCUUAAUGAUGUCCUUGCUGAUAUAAGAGUGGACAUGGUGCCAUACCACAACCUUCAUAAACAUCUACCGUAUUGCGGUGAGAAGUGUAAGAUCCAUGAGGGCUUUGCUGCUUACUACGAAAACACCCUCCAAGCUAUCCACAAGAAACUCAAAACAGAACUUUCCUCUGCCUCGAACGAAGACUACGAGCUCGUUAUCGUGGGACACUCAAUGGGAGGUUCAGUGGCCCUUCUACUAGCCCUUCAUUUUCUUGAUCUCGGGUUCGAUAAGCUUUCCUUAGUGACCAUGGGCCAGCCACUUGUGGGAAAUAGCGAUUUCACUACCUGGGCUGACUAUGUCCUCGGAAGCUACCUACCGGUGAAUCACGGUUCGUAUGAUCGCAAGUUUCUCAGAGUGAUCCACAAGGGUGAUCUAGUGACGCAGGUUCCCUCCACUAGCUCCAACUUCCUUGACGAGUUUACUCAAUUCCAAAAUCAGAUCUAUGUGAAUGUUACUGGAAGCGAAACACAUCCGUCUAAUAGCGAGGUUGUCAACUGCUUCUCCGGGACCAAUCCACACUGCAUUGCUGAUGACUUUGGCAGGCCCAACAUCGGCAGUAUCAUUUUCAGAAACUACUACGAGGCGCAUAACACAUACUUUAGAAAAAUCGGCCUCUGUGGUUUACGAAUGCACGACCACCUUCCAUUUGGCAUCAUAUGA